CACCCAACACCCCCUCUGCCCAACCUAGAGAGACACAACGAUACCACGGUAUCGCAAUCGCUUACCAAGUCCACGAGUGUCGCAGUUGUCUAAAACGUCAACCCAUCCGAGAACAUGACAGACCCUUUUAAGUCUUUGGAUGCUGCGCAGCGCUCCAGUUCCACCAGCGGCAACGAGACAUCGUCUGUGUCCCGACGGACUUUUGCCAUUGCAGGGAUUCUCACGACAGUGUUUGGCCUCGAGGAGAUACCGUCAGAAGCGUCGGAGAUCGCCUGUCUCUGGUUAUUACAUCCGAGGCUGGCUACCCAAGAGCGGAUGACUGGUAUCGCUACAGCAGUUAUCACCGACUGGAACUCCACGUUCCAGGGCGCUCGCUCAGAUUCAAAGCACGGCGUCAAAGGCCUCAUUGCGGUGGCCUUCGACCAGAGAAACCAUGGGACAAGGCUGGUUGAUCCCCUAGCGAAUGAAGCUUGGAAACAAGGAAAUCCCCGUCACGCGCAAGAUAUGUUCUCGAUUUUCCAGGGUACUGCCCGAGACGUGUCUCUCUUGAUCGACUAUAUCCCGUCUUUUAUCUUCCCCAAGUCAGACCGCGAAAUAUCCAAGAAUCUAGUACUGGGCGUGUCUUUGGGUGGACACGCUGCUUGGAGCUGCAUCUUGCAUGAGCCCCGCGUAAGUGCGGGCGUUGUCAUUAUUGGCUGCCCUGAUUAUGUGAACCUCAUGGCCGAUCGCGCCAGACUGUCCAAGCUGCCAUCUUGGAUGAAUAGCAAAGCUCCUGGCUCCCAGUUCUUGGGUUCCGAGGAUUUCCCUUCCUCGUUGCUAGAUGCUGUUCGUAAAUACGAUCCUGCAAGCCUCUUCUUGAGUCGGAUGGGCCCGAUCGUGAAUACUAGUCCGCUUCGCAGCGAAUCCCUGCCGAGACCUACAGAGGGUGAGAAGGAUACUCUACGCCCUAUACUGAAAAGCUGUUUGGCGGGCAAGAAGAUACUUAAUCUGUCAGGCGGGUUGGAUAAAUUGGUCCCCUACCAUCGGGGAAGCACAUUUUUGACCUGGUUAAAACAGGCAAUCUCGCCCGACGGCUGGUUUGCUGACGGAGUGGUUACCUUGGAGGACAUUAUUGACGAGAGCGCCGAGCAUGAGGUGACUCCUAAAAUGGUCGAUGAAGCGGUCCGGUUCAUUCGCGAGACGCUGGAGACCAAUAACGGUAACCCCAAGACGGGCUUUGUUCGAGAAGCUAAGAUAUAGACAUACUACAGCUGGUUUAAGAAGACCAUAAUGCUACUGCUGCGGACCACCCAGCCGGCAGAGCCACACUACGGAGCCUGACAUCGGCACAUCAAGAUGCGUGGAGUAACCACGCAUUUAAGCGGUCCGAUGGUAAAGAACACAUGUGGAGUAGACAAUAGCGAACUUUAUUCAAUAAAC